AUGCAUGGUAUCAUUGAAUAUUUACCCCGUUUUCCGCGGAUUGCAGCCAUCUUCGGCAAACCGUUCACUGCAUGGAACGCAGUCCUGCGGUGUGUCGCCGCUGCCCUGCCAGCUUCAAUUUGGAGAUCGACUCCUCAGCGGCAUCCAUAUCCUCUCACGUAUGAGCAAAAGGCACAAGAAAAGAAGAGUUCAUCGAUUCCCUUGAUCAAAGCGCCAUCUGUAAUCUUGCAUCCCGAUGACGGCACACGAUGGAUGGUACGGGUUCCCAUCGAGCAUGCGGUGCAUAAUGUCUGGGCCAAGCUCCAGAGCGAGGUUAGGAAGACGACGAUUCCCAUACCGCACAUCUACGCGUUCGGCCAAGGCGAAGCUCUAGCUCGAGACCCGUCCACGCUGCUGGCAUAUCUUAUCCUCGAAUAUGUACCCGGCAAGCCGCUUGAUACGCUGUCUCUGGCGAAAGACAGCCGGGAACGACGCGACUACUUUUAUUCGCAGCUCAUCGACAUCUUCUCUCAAAUCCGCCAGCUCGAGCCCCCAUCUCUGGGGUCCCUAUUGCCGGGUCCAAGCGGAGGACCCGAUCCCAUCAGAUAUUUGCACUCGAGCACCUAG